AUGAAAGUCAAUCUCAGCAAGUGGUAUGUGCUGAAGCCGCCAUUCAGAUUGGGCAUCCGAACCCAAUUAACAGUAUUGGUCAGUGUCGUGGCUCUUUGCUCUUUGGUUAUCCUUGCUAUCACAACAGGUGUUUACUUUACAUCAAAUUACAAGAACCUAAGAUCUGAUCGUUUAUACAUCGCAGCACAGUUGAAAUCAUCCCAGAUAGAUCAAAAUUUGAAUUAUUUAUACUAUCAAAGUUAUUGGCUUUCUUCAAGAGAUACUUUGCAGAUUGGCCUAACAAAUUAUGUGGCAGGUAAUAAGACUGCUGAAAAUUGGGCGGAUUCAGAACAAGUUAUUCAAAAAUUUCUUACGUCAAAUAAUUUAUUUUCGAAUGCCCAGUUAUACGAUUCUUCAUUUAAUGCCGUUCUUACAGCUACAAAUAAUGGAACGGGUGAUCUUAUUCCUGAAUCCGUAUUAAAAAAGUUAUAUCCAUUAGCGACUAACCAACCAUUAUCUUCAUCGUUGGAAACCAUUGGGAUAUUGACAGACCCUGUAUUGAAUGGGUCCACAUACAUAAUGUCAAUGUCAUUACCAAUAUUCGCAAACCCAUCAAUAAUUUUAACAGACUCUAAAGUUUAUGGAUAUAUUACAAUAGUCAUGUCAGCAGAGGGGUUGAAAACGGUCUUUAAUGACACUACUGCAUUGGAACAAUCAAAUGUGGCAAUCGUAUCGGGUGUUUACAAUAAUGAAAGUACAUUGAACGCAUAUCAUUUUGUCUUUGCACCAUAUGGCGCUCCAUCUUAUGUUAUAAACUCCACAUUUCGAAUAAUGAACAACUCAUUUCUUAACACUGCAUUAAGAGAGGGUAAAGGUGGAUCCGUUAAGAAGACAAAGUUUUUCUAUACGAAAAAUAUUGCUGUUGGUUACUCACCUUGUACUUUCAGCUUUGUCAAUUGGAUUGCUAUUGUGUCUCAAGAUGAAUCUGUUUUCCUAUCACCAUCCACAAAAUUAGCAAAGAUUAUUAGUGGGACGGUGGUUGCCAUCGGUGUAUUCGUGUUUCUAAUUACUUUCCCCCUAGCACACUGGGCUGUAAAACCCAUUGUUCGACUGCAAAAGGCAACUGAAUUAAUGAGUGAAGGAAGAGGAUUAAAGUCAACGACACCGGGUAGUAAAAACGUAAGUAGAUCAAGUUCAAUCAAACAUUAUGUUAGAAGUAAUAUACCAUCUACAGCAUCCUCGGUACAUAAUUUCAGUGGUGAUAAUUUGAGUACAACAACAAACGGACAUCUUAAUCAAAGAGGAUUAACGCCGACACCAAUGCCGACAACAGAUUUACCUAGCCCGUCUGAUAGUAAUUUCGCAACUGAAAUGAUCUCAAAUGCCAAUACAUCACAAAGAGCAAAUUCAAUUAGUAGAUUUACCGAUCAUACAGAUCUCUCUAAUCGUUCUAAGAAAUUAACCACUUCUGCCAAUUUGAUAGAGGCAAGAGUACCAGAUUAUCGUAGAUUAUUCUCUGAUGAAUUGUCAGAUUUGACGGAUACAUUUAAUGCUAUGACAGAUGCGCUCGAUCAACAUUAUGCAUUAUUAGAAGAUAGAGUGAGAGCUAGAACUAAACAAUUAGAAGCAGCCAAAAUUGAGGCUGAAACUGCCAAUGAAGCCAAGACCAUCUUCAUUGCAAAUAUAUCGCAUGAAUUGAGGACACCAUUGAAUGGUAUUCUUGGUAUGACUGCCAUUUCUAUGGAAGAAACUGAUAUUGCCAAGAUACGGAGUAGUUUGAAGUUAAUCUUUCGAUCAGGUGAAUUACUAUUACAUAUUUUAACUGAACUAUUAACGUUUUCCAAAAAUGUUUUAAAGAGAACCACUUUAGAAAAACGCGACUUCUGUAUUACUGAUGUUGCAUUACAAAUUAAAUCGAUUUUCGGAAAAGUUGCAAAGGAUCAAAGAGUCAGAUUAUCUAUUGUACUCCUUCCCAAUAUAAUUAGAACAAUGAUAUUAUUUGGUGAUUCAAAUAGAAUUAUUCAAAUUGUGAUGAAUUUGGUAUCCAAUGCAUUAAAGUUUACGCCGGUAGAUGGGAAAGUUAACGUUAGAAUCAAAUUGAUGGGAGAAUAUGAUGAAAAUUUAAGUAGAGAAUCUAAUUUCAAGAAGGUCCUUGUUAAGAGUGGAACUGAAUUUAUCGAAACUAAGGCAAAAGCUAUAUUAGGAGCCCCUAAGAAAGAUGAUCCAAAGACCUCCACAGAAUCAGUGGUACAAAUUAAAGAGAACCUCAAUUCGAACACUUCAUCCUCUUCAAAUGAUAUUAUAAGCACCACAUCGGAUGAAAAGAAAUAUGAUGAGAAGGAAGAUGAAGGGGAGGAAGACAACAGUGAUAAUGAUAAUGAUGACACAUCGAUGGAAACACAAUCCAUAGUUUCUACGAGUACGAGUUCAUAUGAUGAUGCUGUGUUCAACAAUCAAUUCAAGAAAACGCCUGAGUUAUACGAGGAUGAAGAUGGUAACCUUGGUAUUGAAUUAACUAAUCCCAAGACAUGGGUUAUCGCCAUUGAAGUACAAGACACAGGUCCAGGUAUUGACCCAUCGUUACAAAAAUCAGUCUUUGAACCAUUUGUACAAGGUGAUCAGACACUUUCCAGACAAUACGGUGGUACUGGUUUAGGUUUAUCUAUUUGUAGGCAAUUGGCUAACAUGAUGAAUGGUACGAUGGAAUUGAAAUCAGAAGUCGGUGUAGGGAGUACUUUCACAUUCACUGUACCUCUAAUGCAAACGAGAGAACUAGAACUUAAUGAGGAUGAUCAUCCAUUUGAAGAUGAGUUCAAUCCUGCCAGUAGGAAAAACAGAAGAGUUAAAUUUAAAUUGGCAAAGAGUCUUCGUAGCAGAAAAUCGAGAUCCUCAACUACUACAUUUAGUACUACUAAUAGUUUACACAAUGUACAAGAGGAGAAGGAAGAAGAUAAGUUGGGUGAUAAUGAAGAAACCAAAGAUGGUGGAAAAGAGGAGGACGCACAUCAAGAACGUAGACAUUCACAUGAUAAGAACAAUGAACACAACAACCAUCUUUUGGGAACAGUUAAUAUGGAUAGACCGUUUUUACAAAGUACAGGGACAGCUACUUCAACAAGAACGAUUCAAACUGUACCUGAUGCUGGUAAGAAAUUCAAGAUUCUAGUAGCGGAAGAUAAUCAUGUUAACCAAGAAGUUAUUAAACGUAUGUUGAACUUGGAAGGUGUUGAAAAUAUCGAAUUAGCACGUGAUGGUCAAGAUGCCUUUAAUGAAGUUAAAGCUAUGGUUGAACAGGGAGAACAUUUCGACAUGAUCUUUAUGGAUGUGCAAAUGCCGAAAGUUGAUGGGUUGCUAUCCACAAAGAUGAUCCGUAAUGAUUUACAUUAUACUUAUCCAAUUGUUGCCCUAACAGCAUUUGCUGAUGAUAGUAAUAUAAAGGAGUGUUUAGAGGCAGGUAUGAAUGGAUUUUUGUCUAAGCCAAUUAAGAGACCCAAGGUAAAGACUAUCUUGGAAGAAUAUUGUCCAAAUUGGCAGAUGAAGGUUGCAGAGGACAAUAAAUCGAAGAAUGAAUGA